AUGGCAACUGUAAGGUUGAAACGAAUUGAACAUGAUCUUGAAGGUUUGAAAUCAUUCACCAAUCCAGACGUGAGACUUGAGCAGUACCAGACUCCUGCACGGUUUGCUGCUGAACUUUUACAUUACAUUGAUAUUACUGAUGGUAUUGCCGGUAAAACCGUUUUAGACUUAGGCUGUGGUUGCGGUAUUCUAGGAUUUGGUUGUGUACGUCUCGCGGCAGCAAAAGUUGUAGGGGUUGAUAUCGAUGAUUCAGCACUAUCCAUUGCUAUUGAAAACAAGGAAGAUGUUGGAUUAGAUGACGAUACAAUAUUUUUUCUGAACAACGAUGUUAUAAACAUUGAAAAAAGUGAUUUUUCACAUUCCGAUAUGGUUAUCAUGAACCCCCCUUUUGGAACAAAAAAGCAACCAAAAGUAGACGAAAAGUUUGUGGUUAAGGCACUAGAACUUGCUGAUAUUGUGUACUCGGUACAUAAAUCAUCUACACGUCACCACUGGGGAACUAUAGCUGAGCAAUGGAAGGAGAAGUUGGGCUGGAACAUUAAAGUACAAACUUGCAUAGCUGGUCAACGUUUCACGAUUCCCAGAAUGUACAAGUUCCAUAAAAAGCAAGAGCAAGAAGUUUUAGUAGAUUUGAUGCGCUUUUGUCACCAAUGAUGUGAUUAUGUGAUUUUUCACUGCAUGUUGGCAUAA